AUGACUAAGGCACAGAAGGAGGGUUCGUGGCUGACAGAGGUGACCGGUGUGUGGCCAGCGUUUACAUCCGAUUUGGAACGUGGUUCAGUGGGUGGAUCCGAUAAGAUCGUGUGGCAGUUGGCGUCGGUGAGAGGCAGAGUUCGAAAGAGGAGGAGGCGCACCGGUCUAGAAGACGCGACGGUGGUGGAUGAGCUGACUGUGCCCAAGUCGUAUUGGGCUGGGAUCAAGAGGCGAGUUCCUAAACCUUGGCUACCACCACCAGCUGGGUGGCUAAAAGCAAAUACUGAUGGGGCAUUUGAUCCUCAUUCUAAGCGCCAGAGUCUGGGAGUUCUUUUUAAAGACCAUGAUGGUGUGGUGGUAGCAGGUAGGUGUUGGUUUAUCCCUCGAGCCUCCUCGGCGGAAGAGAUGGAGGCUUUGGCUGGGUGCAUGGCUUGUAGGCUAGCUACUGAUCAUGGCCUUUUCCCCGUUAGCUUUGAGUCGGAUUGUUUGACUCUGGUGAAUGCUACUAAGGACAGUGGUGGCAACCUCUCUAUUCUAGGUCGCAUCAUUGAUGACAUUGUGGCCUCUUUGCAGGUUCUUCUUGGAGCUUCCUUCUCUCAUGUCUAUCGUGAAUCCAACACAGCAGCUUAUAAGCUUGCUAAUCUAGCUUUACAUUCUCGUUUAGAUGUUUCUUGGGUGGGUUCUAUUCCUCCAAGUAUUAAGGAGUUUGUACUCUCGAACUGUAAUUGUUAA